UUGACUAUUAACCGUUUUAUCCUAGAGGAGUGUUGCUCUGUGUUGUGUAUGUGUGUGUGUGUGUGUGUGCGUUUGUAAGAUCUCAAUAAGUCCUCUUUAAUCCUCACUUUACUCACUUUGUGUGAACCUCAGGAGAUGCACGUGAAUGGAAAAAUUUAAUGGCUAACUGUUUAUUGUCCUGUGGGAUGUUUAACAACGUCAUCCUGUUCAAUCUCGUGUGUGUGUUUUUGUCUAUAAAACCUCACUUUCUCCCUCAGAUUCAGUUGUUUAUUUGAUAGUUGAGUGUGUUUGUGUGAGGUUUGUGUGAUGGACAUGAGUGUGUGGUCUGUGGUGUUUGCCAUGCUUCUGGUGUUUGUCGGGGAGACACAUGGACAGACAGAUGGAGACACGGCCCUGGACUUUGAGGAAAACAUGACAGAGACAUUGGUGAACAACCAGCAGCUCAGUGGUGUUACUGAUGAUCGCCUUCUGAAGAUGGUGUUGAGUUUGUUUCUACACAACCUACAGAGACAGACACGAGAGCCAUCAGUGUUACACUACCCUCUACGGUUUGGACGUGGUUCACACUCUGAUGUUCGCACUGAUGAGAGAAUUCACUCUCGGGACUGGGACGGUGUUCCUCAACAGAUCUGGAGCCUCGCUGUGCCACAGAGAUUUGGCAAAAAGUAGCUUUUAAACACAGACACACACACACACACACACAUUUUCUGAAUAAUCAAAUUAGU